AGCCUCGGGAGCACGCGCUGCCUGCGCUCUUCUCACCGCGCCCCUUCCCCACCGCAACAGGUCAGGGGAGGGAGGAGGCGGCGAGGGCGCACGACUCCGAGACUGAAGGACGAAAGGUCUGGAAGAUGAAUAGACUUGUCACUUUCCACUGACUGGCAGCAAUGGCAUUUACACAAAGAGUCAACAGCAGCAGCAACAGCUUGUACAAUGAAGACAGAAACCUGCUUCGAAUUAGAGAGAAGGAAAGACGCAACCAAGAAGCUCACCAAGAGAAAGAGGCAUUUCCUGAAAAGAUUCCCCUUUUUGGAGAGCCCUAUAAGACAGAAAAAGGUGAUGAGCUAUCCAGUCGAAUACAGAACAUGUUGGGAAACUAUGAAGAAGUGAAGGAGUUACUUAGUACAAAGUCCCACCCUCAUCGCUUGGAUGCUUCUGAAAAUAGGUUGGGAAAGCCGAGAUAUCCUUUAUUUCCUGAGAAGGGGAGCAAAGUUCCAUCCCACUCCUUCAACACCAGUGUCCGUCACCAGCCUAUUAGCACUCCUGCCUCCGGACCACUUCCUGUAGGUAACGUUAGCCACAAUCCAAAGAUGGCACAGCCAAGAAUGGAAUCAAUGCCAAGUCUCCAUGUCAAAAGCUAUGCACCCCCGGACAGCCAGCACCUAACCCAAGAUCGCCUUGGUCAGGAGGGCUACAGCUCUGGUCAUCACAAAAACGGCGACCGCAGAGCUGGUGGAGACCACUGUAGUUCGAUGACAGACUUAGCUCCAGAGAGGGAGCUUUCUCCGUUACUCUCCUCUUUACCUUCCCCAGUGCCCGCUCUGUCACCUGUACAUUCCAACCAGCAAACUCUUCCCAGGACACAAGGAAGCAACAAGGUUCACAGCAGUAACAAUAACAAUAAAGGCUACUGCCCUGCCAAAUCUCCCAAGGACCCAGCAGCAAAGGUCCGAGAUAAAGAGACCCCUCAGGACAGUGUAGUGGCAGUCUCCAGCCUUGGGGUAGUCCCUCCCCAGCCACCUUCUCAGUCUUUCCCCCCACCUUCCCUCCCCUCGAAAAGUGUUGCAAUGCAGCAGAAGCCCACGGCUUAUGUCCGGCCCAUGGAUGGUCAAGAUCAGGCUCCUAGUGAGUCUCCUGAACUGAAACCACCGCUGGAGGAUUACCGGCAACAGACCUUUGAAAAAACCGACUUAAAAGUGCCUGCCAAAUCUAAGCUCACCAAGCUGAAAAUGCCUUCUCAGUCAGUUGAGCAGACCUAUUCCAAUGAAGUCCAUUGUGUGGAAGAGAUUCUGAAGGAAAUGACCCACUCGUGGCCUCCUCCUCUGACAGCAAUACACACCCCUAGUACAGCUGAGCCCUCCAAAUUUCCUUUUCCCACAAAGGAUUCUCAGCAUAUCAGUUCUGCAACCCAAAACCAAAAACAAUAUGACACAGCUUCAAAAACCCAUCCUAAUUCUCAGCAGGGAUCAUCCAUGCUUGAAGAUGACCUUCAGCUCAGUGACAGUGAGGACAGUGAGAUCGAACAAACCCCAGAGAAGCCUCCUUCUGCAUCUGCACCGCCAAGCGCUCCGCAGUCGCUUCCAGAAGCAGCGGCCUCAGCACAUUCCAGUGGUGCAGAGUCAGAGAGCACCAGUGACUCAGACAGCUCCUCGGACUCGGAGAGCGAGAGCAGCUCAAGUGACAGCGAGGAGAAUGAGCCCCAUGAACCUCCGGCUCCUGAGCCUGAGCCUCCUACAACAAACAAAUGGCAACUAGACAACUGGUUGACCAAAGUCAGCCAGCCAGCAGUGCCACCAGAGGCCCUGGGGAGCACAGAACACCCACCUCAGCACCCAGACGAGAAGGGCAAGGGUGGUGACGGUGGCACCACUAGUCACGAGCACUCGGAAUCCAAAGAUCCUCCCCCCAAAAGCUCCGGCAGAGCCCCCCGGGUCCCUCCUGAAGGCCCCCACGCCGGCAAGAGGAGCUGCCAGAAGUCCCCUGCCCAACAGGAGCUGCCGCAGAGGCAAACUGUGGGAACCAAACAACCCAAAAACCCCAUCAAGGCCUCUGCCCCAGCGGACUCUCGGGCCAGCUUGCAGGUGGAGAGUGAGCCAGGACUUCCCCACGGAUCCAAGGACCAGCCUUCCAAGGAAAAGCCCAAGGUGAAGACGAAAGGGAGGCCCCGCGCUGGAGACAGCAGAGAGCCUAAACCGGCUGUGCCAACCCCCAGCGAAAAGAAGAAGCACAGGGGUGGGCCCGCGGCCCCCUUGAAGGCGCUGUUGGGUCCCGAGCCCACGAGUGACAAUGUGGAGGAGAGGAGCCCUGAGCAUUUGGCUCUCGUUCCCCUGACUCAGAGCCAGGGUCCCACACAUGACGGUGCCAUUGGUGGCAGGACUAGUGGCUGUCGCCGGGCCGUGGUGGUGCAGGAGGACCGCCGGAAGGACAAACUCCCGGUGCCUUUGAGAGACACCAAGCUGCUCUCCCCACUCAGGGACACUCCUCCCCCACAAAGCUUGAUGGUGAAAAUAACCCUUGACCUCCUCUCUUGGGUACCCCAGCCACCUGGGAAGGGGAGCCGUCAGAAGAAACCAGAGGACAAACAGCCAUCGGCAGGGAAGAAGCUGGAUUCUGAGAAGAGAAGCUCAGAGAACUCAAGCAAAUUGGCCAAAAAGAGAAAGGGUGAAGCAGAAAGAGACCAUGAGAGCAAGAAAGUCAGACUGGAGAAAGAGACUAAAUCACAGUCAUCUUCUUCGUCCUCCCACAGAGAAUCUUCUAAAACAAAAACACCCAGGCCCUCAUCUGAGCCCUCAAAGAAGGAAGUGCUUCCCCCCACACUUGUGUCAUCCUCCUCCUCCUCCUCUUCCUCCUCCUCCUCCUCCUCCUCCUCCCAGAAGCCAGCUAAGCCUGCACAAAAGAGGCCAAGGCGGGACGCACACCCCUGUGGCCAGGACCCUCCCAAAAGUGCCAGUAGUGCUAAGGGCACCCAUAAGGACUCUCCUGUCCCCAGGCGCAGAAAAGCAGAGGGGAAGGGCUCUGGAAGCUCUAUGGAACACAAAGGAUCUUCUGGAGAUACUGCAAAUCCUUUUCCAGUGCCUUCUUUGCCGAAUGGUAACUCUAAACCAGGGAAGCCUCCAGUGAAGUUUGACAAACAAGCAGAUCUUCACAUGAAGGAGGCGAAAAAGUUGAAGCAAAAAGCAGAGUUGAUGACGGACAAGGUUGGGAAGGCUUUUAAGUACUUGGAAGCCGCCUUGUCCCUCAUUGAGUAUGGGAUUGCCAUGGAAUCUGAAAGCCCAGCGUCCAAGUCAGCUUACUCGGUGUACUCUGAAACCGAAGACCUCAUUAAAAUCAUAAUGUCACUAAAAUCCUUCACAGACCCCACAGCAUCAACUCAAGAGAAAAUAUUUGCUGUUUUAUGCAUGCGUUGCCAGUCCAUUUUGAACAUGGCGAUGUUUCGUUGUAAAAAAGAUAGAGCAAUAAAGUAUUCUCGUACUCUUAACGAACACUUCCAGAGUUCUUCCAAAGUUACGCAGGCACCUUCUCCAUGCAUUGCAAGAAGCACAGGCACACCAUCCCCUCUCUCCCCAAUGCCUUCCUCUGCCAGCUGCGCGGGAUCCCAGUCGAGUGCUGGCAGCGUGGGGAGCGGUGGGAUGCCUGCCGCCAUCCAACACAUAACAUCUUCCUACAUCACCAUUACUUCCCACAUCCUUACCGCCUUUGAUCUUUGGGAACAGGCUGAGGUCCUUACCAGGAAGAAUAAAGAGUUUUUUGCUCAGCUCAGCACAAGCGUGUGCACCUUGGCCCUCAACAGCAGUUUGGUGGAUCUGGUGCACUACACAAGACAGGGUUUUCAGUGGCUCAAACAAGGAACCAAAACACCUUAACGGAGGCCCGAGCCGAUUUGAUGCCUUGGGCACUAUUUUGCACAUUGGAAGCUUCAAAAACAGUCCAGACAUUUGUCUCAUCAGGACACCAAAAUUUGAGAAGCACCAUGAG